AUGUCAGUGAACAAAGAACAAUUGGUAUCAAAUUUAUAUAUUCUACAAUCUACAUAUUAUAAUAAUUUUAAAAUUCAAAUUUCUUUCUUCAAAAUACAAGAUUAUAUUCAAUUAAAUGAACUUCAAAUAUACAAUAAGCUUGAACCAAAGAUAGAAAAAUGUAAUAUGUUAACUGCUACAAAAGAAACUAAACAGACAUGUAUGACAUCAAACUCUUUUAAUAAUAAAAGUGUUCUGAAAUCUGAAUCAAGUGAUCAUUCAGUAAUUAAUCAAACUCCAGAUGUACGAAUUACACGCUUAAAAACAAUGAAGCUUCAAACAGAAGAAAGAAAACAAAUGGAUCAAGUAUUUUUUGAUAAAUUCCCCAACACCACAUUUAAAAUGUUUGCUAUUAAAUUAUAUGAUAUUAACGAAGAAGUAAAAUUUCUCCGAACACUUGGAUUGAUAUGUCGUUUUAAAUGUCCCUUUACUAGUAAAGUAAAAAAAAAAUAA